UGAAAACAUGAGAUGUUCCUUAUUAUUUUUCAGAGGAGAUGAAGGAGUACUUUGCACAGUUUGGUCCUGUGAAGAAGUGUCUGCUUCCAUUUGAUAAAGAAACAGGGUUCCACAAAGGCUUCUGUUGGGUUGGAUUCACGACAGAGGAAGGACUGAACAAUGCACUUCAGAAAGACCCUCACACGCUGGAGGGAGCAAAGGUACCUUUAAAACAUAUAUAUAUAUAUCUUUAUCAUCAA